CCUAUUGAGCUGCGCACAGAGGCGUAACGGUUCGCCAUCUUAGUUGAUUGUGAAGAACAUCUCCGCUCUUAUCCGGUUGCAUUUCGGACAUCUUGGCACUGGUCGCGGGGGAAAGAGUAGUUAAUGAUUUACCAAACCUCCAAUAAGUUUAUGGUGACAGAAAAUUUGUGAUAAAACCCCCCUUUUAACAUUAGUGGCCGUUUCAUUUCCGGAGCCGAAAAAUUUUUGUUUACUUUCCGUCUUUUUCGCCUGUGAAAAAUGGGGAACAGGGACGAUGAAUAUGAUUAUUUAUUCAAAGUUGUGCUAAUUGGAGAUUCAGGUGUUGGCAAGAGUAACCUACUCUCACGUUUCACAAGAAAUGAAUUCAACCUAGAAUCGAAAUCAACGAUUGGUGUUGAGUUUGCCACCAGAAGCAUAGAGGUGGAUGGUAAAACCAUAAAAGCCCAGAUCUGGGACACAGCAGGACAGGAGCGAUAUCGAGCCAUCACUUCAGCUUACUACAGGGGAGCAGUUGGGGCACUGCUAGUGUAUGAUAUAGCAAAGUUGCUAACGUACACAAAUGUAGAACGGUGGCUUAAAGAACUUAGGGACCAUGCCGAUCAAAAUAUUGUCAUCAUGCUUGUAGGUAACAAAUCUGACUUGCGUCACCUGCGGUCGGUACCAACUGAAGAAGCUAAAGCCUUUGCCGAAAAGGAGGGACUUUCGUUUAUUGAGACUUCAGCAUUAGAUUCUACCAAUGUUGAAACUGCCUUCCACAACAUUCUCACAGCAAUCUACCGUAUCGUGUCGAGGCAGCAGCUUCCCGAGAGUGGAGCAAUGGAACCCACUGGCGGACCCUCGUUCAGUGUCGAACCCACCGAGCCCCCCAGCGGUCCUUCCUCCAACAACUGUUGUGCCCGCUAAUCACUUCUUCUGGCCCUCCCUGUUUCUCCACACCAAGCCCCUAGCGUUCCAAUUUGGUCCAAAGCCCGUCACCAUUUCCUCUUCUAUAUCUUUGCAUACUUUUGUUAAUAAUCUCCACAAAAAAAGUCCACUCAUUGCAUCAUGUGUUGGUGGAAGACAAUGAUUGGUUGCAGGGGUUUUAAGGUUGAUUUGUAAACAAAGAUAACUGUUAGCUCACCCUUAAUGCAUUCUCUGUUUUUCCUUGUUCUCCACCAAUCUUUUCAAAAGCAGUUCCCAGGGUUUGUAAAACCAUCAUCAUUCUGAUCAUACAUUGUCUGCCAAUGGUAAGUUGGUUCAUUGACACUUGAGAGAGUAUUUAAGUGGAAGCUUUGUGAUAUACAAUAACUAAGAACUUUUAAGUCAAUUAACUAAAAAAAUAAUGUAGGAGUGGGUUUUUGCCACAAGUUGUUGAGUAUUGGUAUAUUGUGCAUUGCAAAAUAUAUUCUGAAUGCUGGAUUCCUUUUGUUUGUUUUUGAAAAUUACCUCAAUUUAGAGUGUCAGCUGCAAAGAUACUUAAAUGUUUGAAGCAUAUGUGAAUGCAGUGAUGAUUACAGUUUAGUUCAGUUGCUCAUUGGUCACAUUGUUUACUAUUACCUGGAAGCACUAUUCACCACACCCAUCCCACAUAACUACGAUAAGCAGAGAGCUCUCCUGCUUUCAUUCUAGCCGUCUUAGACGUCUGCCUUCUCAGCAGAGGUAAAAAACAAUCGCUAGUUCUCCUCCGGUUAGAGAGAUACCCUUUCCCAAGUUCACUAAACAAUCUGUAACAGAAGGGGAAACAUGGCUGCUCUGUUUACCUCUGUGAGAGCAGGUGUCAUCCAUAUUUACAGAGGGGCCUGAAGGCCCACAUUCAUAUCAAGUAAGCUGGCUGAUGGACACUGUAAACAGGCCAAGAUCUGUAUUGGCUGCCUUAUUUUCUUGUCAGUGAUACCCAGUAGUGAUUAAUUGCAUUACAGUGAGUGUGAGGCAGGAUUUAUUGGUGUUAGUAUACACCGCAUAUUAGCUUAAGGGAUAACUUAGUAGUUUUUUCCAUUUAACGGUAGAUGAGAACCUGUUGGUACCUAAGUUUCAUUUUUUAUUUUUGGCAGGUGAACACCAGUGGGAGACUUAGUUUGAUUUGCAAUGUGAAAUGGAGUUGUGUUGCUGUCAUGUGUAUGCAGUCUAUUGUUUAGAAAUUAAGGAACUGGGAUCAAAAAUUUUCUUUGGGGGAUAAAUUAAUUCCUGAUGCUGGGAAUCGUUGUUUAAGUCUGUGAAUGUUUGCCAAAUAUUUAGUUUGUCAAAUGUAUAUUUUUUCUAUCAUGGUAUCUUGCCAUUGAUUCAUUGUUUUUUCUUCUACCCCAUUUUCAAUUGCUUGGUUUUAUAUAGCACUCUAGAAAACCUUGGUUGAUUUUGCAAGAGGUUUAGAGUAUAAUGUUUGGUGUACUAGACAUUAUUUUUUCUUUUUUUUUAUGAUGAGCCUCAGUGAAUGUGGAAAAACAUCCAGGCAUACAUAGAGUAAAUCCACCAUCCAUUUAACAUUAAGUAACUUCACAUCAAUUUAGCUAUGAAUUAUGUUUCCAAAGAAUGUGUAACAUGGGAAGGGAUUGCUGUCAGCGGCCAUUUUGGGACAAAAUUAUCCAACAGAAUCUGUAGUGUAAUUCGUCGUUAUUUUUGUAGACAGAUUAUCAAUUGUUUGCUGUCUCAAUGAGCUUACGGCCGUGAUAAUCACACUCAAUUUUGCUUUUUCUGACAAAGCUGAAUUUUUCGGUUUUACAGUCCAACUUCAUGGUGUGAUAUUUCUUGUGAAUUUCUUAGCCAUGUGCAUUGCUGUAGAAAACGGUACCGAAAUCAUGGUGUACGUGACUUCAGACCAGAGAAUGACGAAUUUUAGGUUGACUCAUCUCCGGGCGUUGCUAUAACCAUCAUUUCAUUCGAAGGCUGAGAGAAACAUCAUCAACUUGCUCAUAUGAUAAUCUUAUUUAUUCCAUGAUGAGGCAGAUCACGUUGCAUGUGUUGUCGAAGGGACAAUCCGUAGUGGUGAGAGGACCACUUCGUUUGUUUUAUUAUAUUCUGAAUCGGUUUUUGACUGAGGUGAUAGUUGCAUUAACGCUGUGGAGUGUUUUACAGCAUUCUCAAAAGGUGAAAGUAGAUAAUAAUACAGUAUACAGUAUGUUGUAUUUGUAUAAGGGGUGCUUUUAUGAGAGGAAGUUUCAUAUGCCUCUUCAAGUUCUGUCUUUUAGUAACUUUUUUUCCUUAUGGGUUAAUAUUAUUGUAAUCUGUUAUGUUGUAUAUGUGCUUUUAAUUUUUUAUAUAUUUUUUUUUAUGGUUUAUUCAGAUCUAAAUUGUACCAUAUGGAAUAGUGUAAGUGACGGGGCAAUCUGGCAUUUCACCAAGACUCAAAGCUAUUUCUUGAGAGUGACACAGAUUGAGCCUUGUGGGAAUGACCUGGACUUGCCGUGUUACUGGCACUGUCACAUAUAUUGUGAUAAACAUGUCAAGCAUAUAGCCCUGAUUUCACGCUUGCAUAGAAAAUUUUGUAAAGCAAUGUAAAGAAGCACAUUAUUUGCAAUAAAAACAAUGCUGAAUAUUUAAAAACUUUCAA